AACUUCCACAAAACAACACCUACCGUCAUGUACCAUGCAUCCUGGUGUUUUCUUUUCCAUUCUCUUCCUGGUCACACUUUUUAAGUCUUGGUCACAAUCCAGGAAAUUGAUUUCAUGGCUCUCGGAUGGAUCACAACCUGCAUCUCAAAAAACGCUGCCCAGUGCAAACUCUCCAGAAAUCCCGUAUCCGCUCUCUCGAGUGGCCCUUCCACUGUCCUGGUGACUUACCCAUUUGACUGAGGAGGUGAAGGACUCCUGGGUAACCGGUCCAGGAUCGCAAUCCGCAAUCGGGAGACGUGUGCUCUGGGGCUCUGGCUGAAGCCUUUCCCUGAUGAGACCAGAAGACACUGGAAGGGCCACAGGGAGCGUAGAGAGGGAAAGGGAGUCAGUACGAAGUAGUUCAGAGCCUCUGGCCAAUCAGAGCUGGCCUUAUUCAGGUCCACUCUUUUCCAGGUGAUUGGCCCCAAGGGGGUUCCCAGCCCCCACCCGAGCCUGGGGCCAGCCUCCUGCAGCAGGUGCCACUCCUAAGUCCCACACCAGGCCAGGCGUUCAUCCCGCCUGCUCCUGUGGGUGUGGUUCCAGAUGGCCUGUACCUGCUUUGUCCCAGACACAGGGUCAUUUGCUUCCCCGCUGAGCUGAGAGAGUUCUUGGAAGGCUGCCCCACCAGCUUCUCAAUAUGGCUCUCAAAGAGAGACUCAGGGCCCGGAAGAGGACCUUCUGGUGGCUGAUCCUGCUGGCAGUCAGCUUCUCAGGGCUGCUCCUGUACGGGCUCCCUGUCAGGUACCUGGAAACCUUCAUCCCCAUGGGCACCUGCCCUUUGGCCAGAAUGCCCCUGCUGAGAGACAACUUCACAGGUCCCCUGCAUCUCUGGGCCCGGCCUGAAGUCCUGACCUGUACCUCCUGGGGGGCCCCCAUUAUUUGGGAUGGCACUUUCGAUCCAGAUGUGGCCCAGCAAGAGGCUAUACAGCAGAACCUCACCAUUGGGCUGACUGUCUUUGCUGUAGGCAGGUACCUGGAGAAGUACCUGGCGCGCUUUCUGGAGACAGCAGAGCAGUACUUCAUGGUGGGCCAGCGCGUGGUCUACUACGUGUUCACGGAUCGCCCGGCUGCCGUGCCCCGCCUGCCGCUGGGCCCGGGCCGCCAGCUGCGCGUGGAGCGUGUGCUGCGCGAGCGGCGCUGGCAGGACGUGUCGAUGGAGCGCAUGGGCACGCUGCACGCGGCGCUGGGCGGCCGGCUGGGCCGCGAGGCGCACUUCGUGUUCUGCAUGGACGUGGACCAGUACUUCAGUGGCGCCUUUGGGCCCGAGACGCUGGCCGACUCGGUGGCGCAGCUGCACGCCUGGCACUACCACUGGCUGCGGAGGCUGCUGCCCUACGAGAGGGACCCGCGCUCGGCUGCAGCGCUGGCGCCGGGGGAGGGCGACUUCUACUACCACGCGGCGCUGUUCGGGGGCAGCGUGGCGGCGCUGCGCCGGCUGACGGCGCACUGCAUGCGCGGCCAGCGGCAGGACCGCGCGCGCGGCCUCGAGGCGCUCUGGCACGAUGAGAGCCACCUCAACAAGUUCUUCUGGCUGCACAAGCCCGCCAAGGUGCUGUCGCCCGAGUUCUGCUGGUGCCCGGAGUUAGGCCGGCGCGCCGAGAUCCGCCGCCCGCGCCUGCUCUGGGCGCCCAAGGAGUACACGCUGGUGCGCGACUAGGCGCCGGGACCAGGCCUCGUGCGCCCCUCCGGACGCCUGGGCACCGGGACGAUGCGCAGUGAGCGGAAUCGCAAGGAGAGAGACCCUGAAGCCAUCGGGUCCCUUUUGGAAGCAGCAUGGCAGGCACUCUGGAGGACAGGGAGAGGUGGGCUGAAAGCAGCCCUGCCACCUUCUGCAGGUGCCCAGCCAGGAGGUGGGGGCGCCCUGCCUUCGGGAGUGUUUUGCGCUGGUCCCUGCCUGCGGGCAGACAGUGUUGUGGUUGGACCUGUGCACGUGGUUCUUCAGCGAAGGCCAUCAGGACGCUGAAGCGAAUGACUCACAGGUCCUGGAAGCUACACCGCACACCUAGAGCCACACAGCAAGGUCUCAGGUAGAGAGAGGCAGGCCCGGGGUCCCGUUUAUUGGGGUCGAGAGUGGGGUCCUAGGGUUUCGUGGACUCACUCUGUUGGUGAAUUCAACCUACAAGAGCGGGGAUGUAAAGUUCUGGAAGAGAAAAAGCAAGGGCCCCAGUGAUGAGUUGUUGAAAUCAACCAAGAUCUCUCAGCACAGGAGCCUCCUCGGGGGACGCAGCGGUUCUCUGGUCCUGUGGCUGGCCCUGGGGUAUUGGAGAAGGCUGCUCUCUUGGACGUGCCUGCCUUGGCAAUCAACGCUUAAAGUGGGCACUUGCAUUACAAAAGGCAGAAAGAAAGAAAAAAAACUCAGGAAGGGCGCUUCUCACUUGCAAGCCUCCUUUCCCUCGCUUUCUGCGGGGAACUGAGGCAGAGACCUUUCACCUCUGACCUUACUGAAUUUAGUCUAUGCCACCUGAAGGGAUGUUUUAGCCCCUCCCCACCUCACCCUCCACCCCCGUUUUUUUAAAAUGAGGAGACUGGAUGCCAGUGGCGUCCAGCUCCUUGGCUUUGACCUUUCACCUCCCUGGCCCUCAAGCAUAGUUUGUACAUAUUUAAGUAAUACGAUUGUAAAUGAAAAAGGGGCUGUGGCAUAACCUAACAAGUUCAGGGGGCCACAGGCAGGCCUGAUAAGCUCAGCAGCCACACAUGGUCUGAUCCUACAUCCCUAACUGGGCAGGCCAUGGUAGGUAGUCCCGUCCCAGGACUAUAGCAUCCUAGCAAAGGUCAGCCUUUACCUCACGUGAGUUCUGUCCACUGUUCUUACGCAUCGAGGGUAACAGACCUUGGAAAUGGCACAGUAAUCACCUUUUAGACCCAAGAGGACACAACACAGGUACCAGAGCGCAAGAUCCCCAGAACCCCUCAUGGUUACCUGGUCCCCCGAUACCAUCUCUAUGUGCUGUGUUAAUGACUGGUUGUCCUGUCCUGCCAAUGUAAGCCAUGUUUCUCAAUUUUGCUUUUUAUUCAGUCCUAGAGAUUUUCCCGCUUUGCUUUCUCCCACCUCCCUAAAUCUGUCACCAAUGAUUUGAUGUAUCCUCCUUGUUGUUUUUUUUUUCUCUCCUUUAAUCCUAAAUGCAUCCAAGGAACUGCAAACUGCCUUUUUCCAGAGCAUUUUCGCAGUCUUUGAGAUUUUGUUUCCAGGCAAACUUUGGCUCAAACUCUUUCUUAAAAUUUUUUAUAGGAAUUCAUUUUUUUUUCUAAUUUUUUUUAUUUUUUAUUUUUUCAUUUUUUUUUUUUAUUUCAGAGAGGAAGGGAGAGGAAAAGAGAGAUGAAACAUCAAUGAGAAUCAUUGAUCGGCUGUCACCUGCAGGCCCCACUCUGAGGAUCAAGCCUGUAACCUGGGCAUGUGCCCCAAUGGGGAAUCAAACCGUGGCCUCCUGGUUCAUAGGCUGACGCUCAACCACUGCCACAAUGGCCGGGCCAUUUAUUUACUUGUUUAUUUAUUUAUUUUUUAAUCCUCACCGAAGGAUAUUUUUCCAUUGAUUUUUAGAGAGAGUGGAAGGGAUGGGGAGAGAGAGAGAGGAGAGAAACAUCAAUAUGAGAGAAAUGCAUCGAUUGGUUGCCUCCCGAAUGCCCCGGGACAGGGAAUCGAGCCUGCAACCGAGGUACAUGCCCUUGACCGGAAUCAAACCCGGGACCCUUCAGACCAUGGGCAGAUGCUCUAUCCACUGAGCCAAAUGGGCUAGGGCAACUCUUUUUUUUAAUGUGUUUAUUGGGAUGGUUUUUAAGAUGUUUAUUGAUUUUUAGAGAGAGAGGAAGGGGGGAGAGAGAAACAUUGAUGGCACAAUAUUGAUCAGCGGCCUGCCUCCUGCACACCCUCUACCAGGGAAGGAGCCUGCAACUUGGGCAUGUGCCCUGACAAGGAAUCAAACCAGCAACAUCCUGGUGCACAGCAACCUCCUGGGAGAACGCCCACCCAACUGAGCCAUACUGGCCAGGGCUCAAAUAAGCUUUUAUAAUACUUUUCUGUAUGUUGGGAGUUCUCUUGUUGGUAUCAUAAUAAAAUGAGUUAUUCCAAAA